AAAAAGAGAGAGAGACAGAGACAGAGAGACAGAGAGAGAGAGAGAGAGAACAGCCAUCCUGAGCGGCCUGACCAUACAACUACCCCUAAGAAAUCCCUCUGAUGUCCCUGGGACUUCACAGGGCAAGUGUCUUACAGGUAUUCAAGAAACUACUUGCCCACGUUCUUCUAAGCUGUCCUUAUUAAGUACCUAGUUCUGAUAGUUGCCGGGUAGCCACCUAUUUCUCUUCUAUGAACUGCCAUUCUCCAUUAGUGCCCACUCUAAGGCCCUAUGGUGCCAAUGCUAUGUGAUGGUCUCUGUCAGAGUAGGGCUGGAGAGCGUCACCUCUUUUUUUUUUAACUUUAUCUUGAGUAACUUUUUUUUUCAUAUUUUAUCUCCUCUGCAUAGUAAUCACAUAACCCCUUCUUGGGCCCAACCUCUGAUGAACGGAGCCCCUUCAGCCAUUAGGCCCUGACCCUUCCCUUUCUGGGGUCUCAGAGCUCUCAUCACAUCAGACACAGGGCAGACACCAGACCAAGAAUUUGUCUUCCCUCACCCCUCUCUCCAGGGGUCUUUCCUCCUCUUUUUGCCCCCAAAUGAAAACACCUCAAAUCAACUCAGGUAAGACCAGGAUGGCAGGUAUCUGUAGCCUGGUGGUUCUGCUGACACUGACUCUUGGCUAGGGACUCAGCCAGGACACCUUGCUUCAUGAGGACUUGUUACGGAAGCUCAUGUCACGGCAUGACAGGCCAGUGAGUGGAGAGGUGAGUUGCUCAGGCAAGUAAUAGUGAGUUUAUUCCAGAAAGCCAGCGGACUGAGAAGAUGACGGACUAGAGUCCCAAAGAACCACCUUCCUCCAGUUGGAAUUCAGGCAAAAGGGGAGGUGGUAAAAUCCUGGUUCUGGCCAGACUCCAGCGGGGAUGUGUUAAUUUCUUUCUGCCUGCGGCAGUUCCCAGGUGGGCCUGGUCAGGAUGAUUACUGUGAGCUGAGCAAAGGUAUUUUAGCUUAAUGCUCAUUACCUGGGGGGCAGGGCUCCCAGACAUGGGCCAUUAUGCAUAAUUUAAGCUUAUAGGCAACACCCCUUUAGUGAUUAACUAAAGAGGUUCUUCCCUAUUACAGAUGCUUCAUGCCACCUGGUAUCUCCUUAGUAAGUCCAGUCUGCAGAAAUGAUGGGAGUUGGAAGCCACAGCUCUGUUGUCUUAAGGGCAUUGAAAAGGCUUUGAAAGUUGGUGACUGUUCUCACUUGCAACCCAAGGACACAACUGGAAUGAGGUGGCGAGCAAUGUCCCCAAGCCGUAGUUCAGAAGGGAAUGGAGGCCUUUUUACAAUAUUGAAAUAUCCAGACCCAUCUACAGGGAAGUCUUUGAAAUUCUUCCCACCACAGAAGCCAUGUUGGAAUUCUCAGCUUCAGUCCCACUAAGCCCUUGUGGGAAAGAAAGACUUCAGGUGGAGGAAGAGAGCAGCAGUGUUCCUGAGUGUCCCUGGAAACUCUAUUUAGUAGCCUGCUUUCUGAAGAUUUGCCCACCCUGCCCUGGGGACGUGGUGUAUCCAGAGGCAAACCUAAGAAAAAAGAAGCCCUGGCACCAUAUGAUGCUUUUCUCUGGCAGGCAGUGUGGCCAUGUUGGGAGACCUGAGGAACUUUUACUGACGUUCAAGAUAUUCCUUGUCAUCAUUUGUCUUCAUGUCACUGUGGUUACAUCCCUGGAAGAGCAUGCUGAUAAUUCCAGUUUGUUGUCACCUUCUGCUGAAUCAUCUCUUGUUGGUUUUGUCCCCUACUCCAAUGGUACUCCAGAGGUUGAAACUACAAGCUUAAAUGAUGCUACUUCGAGCGUAUUAUCUACUUUGAACAAAACAGAAAAAACUAAAAUCACUAUAGUAAAAACCUUCAAUGCAUCAGGUGUCAAACCCCAGAGAAAUAUCUGCAAUUUGUCAUCUAUUUGCAAUGACUCAGCCUUUUUUAGAGGUGAGAUCAUGUUUCAAUAUGAUGAAGAAAGCAAUGUUACCCAGAAUCAAGUUAUGGCUAAUGGUACCUCAACUGGAAUCCUGUCUCUAAGGGAAUUGAAACGAUCAGAACUCAACAAAACCCUGCAAACUUUAAGUGAGACUUAUUUUAUAGUGUGUGCUACAGCAGAGGCCCAAAGCACAUUAAAUUGUACAUUCACAAUAAAACUGCAUAAGACAAUGAACAUAUGUACUGCGAUGGUUGCUUGGCAAACAGUAAAGAUUCGACGGAUGGAACAGUGCUGCUGUUCUGUCAGGAUCCCCUGCCCUUCCUCCCCGGAAGAGUUAGAAAAACUGCAGUGUGACGUGCAGGAUCCUGUUGUGUGUCUUGCUGGUCAUCCACAUGGUACACCAUUUUCUUCUUCCAGCAAUUCCAUCCCAGUUGCUCCUCAGGCCACCAUUGUGUCCCAGACCUCCAGUGCCUUCUCUUUUACUGAGCCUCUAGCUCAUCCAUCUGUAAUCCAGAGCCCUCACUCUCCAACAGGGGUGAUUCCCCUUUCUUCUCCCCAGCCUUCAGCUCCCAUAGCUUCCAGCCCUGCCAUUGAUAUGCUCCCCCAGUCUGGAACUAUCUCUUCCCCUAUGCCGCCAACUCAUCUUUCCCACACCCUGCCACCUGUGAAAUCCUUACCUCCCUCUCCCACCACGUCUGCCCCUGUGAAUGUCAACACGACCAGCACACCUCCUGACAAGACAGAAAUUGUUCACACCAGCAGCGUCAGUGUUUCUGAGCUUGAGAACCAAGUGUCCCGGAUGGAGAAAGUUCUUUCCUUAGGCAGCUUGGAGCCUAACCUCGCAGGACAAAUGAUAAACCAAGUCAGCAGACUCCUUCAUUCCCCGCCCACCUUGCUGGCCCCUUUGGCCCAAAGAUUGCUAAAAGUAGUGGAUGACAUUGGCUUACAGCUGAAUUUUUCAACCAAGACCAUAAGUCUGACCUCCCCUUCUUUGGCUCUGACUGUGAUCAGAGUGAAUGCCAGUAAUUUUGACACAACUACUUUUGCUGCUCAAGACCCUGCAAAUCUUCAGGUUUCUCUGGAAACUCAGGCUCCUGAGAAUAGUAUUGGUGUUAUUACUCUGCCUUCUUCGCUGAUGAGUAAUUUACCAGCUAAUGAUGUGGAGCUGGCUUCCAGGGUGCAGUUCAACUUUUUUGAAACACCUGCCCUGUUUCAGGACCCUGCCUUGGAGAACCUCUCUCUGAUCAGCUAUGUCAUUUCCUCGAGCGUGGCGAACCUGACAGUCAAGAAUUUGACAAGAAACGUGACGGUUACAUUAAAGCACAUCCACCGGAGCCAGGAUGACUUAACAGUGAGAUGUGUAUUUUGGGACUUGGGCAGAAACGGUGGCAGAGGAGGCUGGUCAUCUGAUGGCUGCUCUGUCAAAGACAGGAGGCUAAAUGAAACCACCUGUACCUGCAGCCACCUUACAAGCUUCGGCGUCCUACUGGACUUGUCUCGAACAUCCUUGCCACCGGCUCAGAUAAUGGCCCUGACAUUUAUCACCUAUAUUGGUUGUGGGCUUUCAUCAAUUUUUUUGUCAGUUACUCUUGUAACCUACAUAGCCUUUGAAAAGAUCCGGAGGGAUUACCCUUCCAAAAUCCUCAUCCAGCUGUGUGCAGCUCUGCUGCUGCUGAACCUGGUGUUCCUCUUGGACUCGUGGAUUGCUUUGUAUGACAUAAGAGGCCUCUGCAUCUCAGUGGCUAUAUUUCUGCAUUAUUUUCUCUUGGUCUCGUUCACUUGGAUGGGCCUGGAAGCAUUCCAUAUGUACCUGGCCCUUGUCAAAGUGUUUAAUACUUACAUCCGAAAAUACAUCCUUAAAUUCUGCAUUGUUGGUUGGGGGGUACCAGCUGUGGUUGUGACCAUUGUCCUGAUUAUAUCUCCAGAUAACUAUGGACUUGGAUCCUAUGGGAAAUUCCCCAACGGGUCACCUGAUGACUUUUGCUGGAUCAACAGCAAUGCUGUAUUCUAUAUUACGGUUGUGGGAUAUUUCUGUGUGAUAUUUUUGCUGAACGUCAGCAUGUUCAUUGUGGUCCUGGUUCAACUUUUUCGAAUUAAAAAGAAGAAGCAACUGGGAGCCCAACGAAAAACCAGUAUUCAAGAUCUCAGGAGUGUCGCUGGCCUUACGUUUUUACUAGGAAUUACUUGGGGCUUUGCCUUCUUUGCCUGGGGACCAGUUAAUGUCACCUUCAUGUAUCUCUUUGCCAUCUUUAACACGUUACAAGGAUUUUUCAUAUUCAUCUUUUACUGUGUAGCAAAAGAGAACGUCAGAAAGCAGUGGAGACGGUAUCUGUGUUGUGGAAAGUUACGACUGGCUGAAAAUUCUGACUGGAGUAAAACUGCUACUAAUGGUUUAAAGAAGCAGACUGUAAACCAAGGAGUCUCGAGCUCUUCAAAUUCCUUACAGUCAAACAGUAACUCCACCCAGUCCACCACGCUGCUAGUGAAUAAUGAUUGCUCAGGACUCACGAGCGGAAAUGCGAAUGCUUCUACCGAGAAGAAUGGUUUUUCUUUCAGUCUUCAGAAUGGAGACGUGUGCCUCCAUGAUUUCACUGGAAAACAGCACAUGUUUAAUGAGAAAGAAGAUUCCUGCAAUGGUAAAAACCGUAUCGCUCUAAGAAGGACUUCAAAGCGGGGAAGCUUACACUUUAUUGAGCAAAUGUGAUUCCUUUUCCUAAAAUCAAAGCAUGUUGCUUGACAGUGUGAAAAUGUCCAAUCUUAUUUUUUACACAAUGUGAGUUGUAUGAAAAUCAACUAAUUUUAUACUCAGCAACUUCUGGAGGAGCAUAAGCUAAUUGAGCGCAAUGGUUGCUAUUGGAAGAGGAAACCAAGACUUUAUACCAUGGUUCUUAGACAUUUGUGAUUUGGUUUCUCAUCCUUCAUUUUAAAAGAAGACUGGUUUUAAACAACACACUAAGAAUAAGACUCAUUUCUAAAAAAUCAAAGUAGUUCAUUUCCAGCCCCAGUUAAAGAUGCUAAGUUAUCUUUGAUAACAUAUGAAGCCACUGUUGGCUUCAGCCUGUUGGUGAGUUUCGUCGUGCAUGCCUUUGUUGUAAAUAAGAUAAAUUCUAGUGACCCACAUGUCAAAAAUCUUACUUCUCCAUUUUUGGUAUUUAUUUUCUACUGUGUAAAUUUCUUUCUUUGUAGAAUCACGGUUGUGCUGUUGUGUCUAAUGUGAUAAUUCAGAAAAUCCUUGCUGAUUCAGUGACCUCUAAAGCUCCUUUUGGAGAUUAUAUGGGAUGUGAAAUACAGGAACUUCACUGAAAUCAAGAAAUAAUGACGCCAGCCAGACUGGAAAAAUGUAAGCAGGUAGUGCCACAAUUAGCUCAUAUAGUGCCUUGGAGUGAGUUAGAAAAAGGUGCCCCCACUGGGCAGACACAGCCCCAUGGGCUCGUGAUUUGGCAAACAGAAUGAGGGCCAUAUUUUCGCCCCACUCACCCUCUCGGAUGCACCGUUGUUCAGGGUGGCACCUGUACAACCGUACAUAGCAUCCGAUACUGACACCCGUCUCCUGACCUCUUCCCUAAUCAUCAGAUUACGGAAGCUGCACCAAGGUGUUUAGCUGAAUACCUUGGUCACCGAGAGGGAAGGAACUGUAAUCUAGACCAUGUGGUAGAAAAAUCAUGAUGUGGAAGCGAUACAUACACUGCCACUUCUCAAAUCCCCAGAGCCUUUCAGAAAAGGGGAGUAGAGUAGGAUUACCUUUUAAAAGAGAUGUACAUUAAAAAAAAAUCAUAUUGCUGUUCUUUAAAAAGCAACUGCAUGGUACUUUGUUGAUUGCUAUGACUGGUACACUCUGGCCCAGCCAGAGCUUUAAUUAUUUUUUUUUAAAGAAUUGUCUUGAUGAGUGUAUAGUGACAAGGGGGAGCAGCUAUUGGGAACAGUGAACUAUCCUGCAAUGCUAUUGUUUCCAUAUGUAUCAAACCCUGAUUGGUCCUAGUCAUAGCGAGUCUAUCUUGCUUCCUACCUACAACUGCUUGAGCAGUGCCUCAAGUAUGUCCUUACUAGGAACAUUUCAAAAACCUUUAGUUAGGUCUUUCGCCAAGGUUCCCUUGCAUAUAUUUCAAGUGAAUGUUGUAUCCCAGACUAACCACAGUAAUAACGUAAUACACUUCUGUGAGUGCUGAUUUGUCUUUGCAAUAUUUCUUCUCCGAUUUAUUUAAUUGUCUUGUAUUUAUACGUUAAAAUUGACAAAAAUGUUAAAAUUGCCAAAAUAAAUUUGCAGUUAAGCCCUUUAAGUU